UGUAUUCCAACCCGGAAAAGAUCAUACGAGUAGUUGACAGUUCCGUUGUAAUUUUUUGUCAAUCGAUUGCAGUGGUGGACAUUGACGCCAUUUCAUUGGCUUCAUGUGUUCUCAUAAUGACCAUACAUGUCCGUUAAGUUAAAUGCAAUUUUAAGAGGAAACCUUAUUUCGAGUUCAGCUUUGUCGCUGCGUCUCAUUUUAGGGUUCAUGUUAAAAUGAGCUAUGUCGAGUGAUGGUUUGAUCCAACAGUGACCCUGUCGUUUUGAAGGAGGUUUCGAAGAAAAGUCCCCUAUCACGGGUCAGUCAGUCAAUGGCUGAGUCCGUCGGUCUCAGGUCUGGUUCAGUCAACCUGACAGCAGCUGCAGAACCAAACUGGUCCCCUGAGCCCCCACCAGCUGUUUACACCUGCACACUUAGUCCCGAACUGGUGGCCAAGGCACGAGAGGAGCUCCAGGAGAAACCAGAAUGGCGUCUACGGGAUGUUCAAGCACUACGAGACAUGAUACUAAAGGAGCAGCCCAAUCUCAGGACAAGGCUGGAUGAUGCCUUCCUUCUGCGCUUCCUGCGGGCCAGAAAGUUUGACUACGACCGAGCCCUGCAGCUGUUAGUCAAUUACCACGCAGGACAUAAAGCUUGGCCAGAGGUGUUCCAGGACCUGAAGCCAUCUAUGGUAAAGCAUGUACUGGACUUGGGCUUUCUCACAGUCCUGCCUCGACCUGAUCCCAAUGGGAGGUACAUCCUCUGCCUCCGGCCAGGAAAAUGGAAACCAAAUGACUACCCUUUUGUUGACAAUGUGAGGGCCCUUUAUCUGACACUGGAGAAACUGAUCCAGCCAGAAGAAACACAAGUUAACGGUAUCGUUAUCCUGGCUGACUACACUGGAGUUGGAAUGUCACAGGCUUCAAAUCCAGGCCCAUUCCUUGCCAAAAAGGUUGUGAGCAUCCUCCAGGAUGGGUUUCCAAUCAGAAUCAAGGCUGUUAACAUAAUUAAUGAACCUCGGAUUUUCAAAGGCAUUUUUGCUGUAAUCAAACCUUUCCUGAAAGAGAAGAUGGCAGAGAGGUACAUGCUUCACAGCUCAGACCUGCGCUCCCUGCACCGAAACAUUCCCCGCUCAGUCCUGCCAGAGGAGUAUGGAGGCACUGCUGGCCAACUUGACAUGCGUGCAUGGUCAAGACUUCUGUUGGACUCUGAGGAGGAAUUCAUAGUGGAGUUCUGCCAGCCAGAUCCACUAGAGGGUGUGGUUCUGCCAGAGUCCAUGCUGUUUCAUGGCGAGGAAGCCAGCGGGCAGGACGAAGAGGCCUUCAGGGGGCUGCGCUCUCCACUUUACUCAUGUUACUGAAAAGGACUGUAAAUACACUGCCAAGACAUUGUCUUGAUACAUUCGAAUUAUGAACGUUCGGGCAAGUUGCUAAUAGUCUUCCUUUUUUGUUUUGUACUAUCUUAGAAACACUAUUAGAGCUGGAUGUUCAGUGUUGUAUAGUUUGCGCUCAGCUCGUUUAGUCAUCAGCUGCAGGCAGCUUGUGACACGAGCAUGGCAAAAGCCUCAUCAGUGAUGCGUGUUUAACCAUAACUGGUCAUAUCAUUACAUUUAUUUUUAAUUGAUGUUUUUCACUCUGGGCUAUACAUGCACAAAUAACAGUGCUUUUUGUAUCUGCAUUAAUGUGCUGCUUUGUCUGUAUAGUCUCGUACUUCCACAAUGCGUCUUUUAAGAUUAAAGGACUAGUGUAAAGGAUUAACUCGAGCAUCACCUCCCUAAAUUUAGAUUUAAACAUGACCAAAAUAUCUCACCUCCAGCCUGAAGUCUGCUGGGAUAUGAUCCAGCUUACUCUUGAUUUUGAACAGGAUAAGUGGUAGAAAAUGAACGAAAAUAUGUUUUAGCUGCACUGAAGAGAUAGUAGUUACAAUGCAUCACUAGAACCAUCUCACUGGUCUUUUAAUAACAUGUCAGAUGUCAGAUCUAACAGCUUUUUCUUUGCCUUAAAGAGAUGUAUCAUACUAACCAAAGUUAUAUCCAUGUGUAUUUUUAUCAAGUUGUGGAUGCAUCACUACAUACAUUGUAUUCCAGCGCCUUUGCUUCAUUAUGCUUUAGUAUUAUGUUGUCUCACUUCCUUUUUCACAGAUUAUCUUUCUAAAUCUGUAUGUAAUUUUCAAUUUUUCUUUUAGUCAGACAUUAUUUUCAGUAUACUGAAUGGCAUUUUUACCUGUCCGUCUUCAGUCAACUGUCAUCUUCAGUCUUCUUCAGAAGGGCCACUUGACCACUGUGACAUGUUGUUUGAGUAAAUCCUUAUGCUUUUUA